AUGCGAACCCCUCGGUCGGCGAGCCUCUCAAAUAAAUGGGAUGAGUUGUCUGCCUCGGCCCUGACCUCUGAGGCGAACACCAUGCGCCUACUGAAGCGGCAAACCACGAUCCCUCUACCUGAUAUUUUGGACUUCUCCUCAACCACGCAAAAUCCUCUUCGAUGUCCAUAUAUUAUCAUGUCCUUUAUUUCAGGGAUCUCUUUAUACAACAUCUGGUUCGGAGGACGUCUAGAAGGCGUCUCCCCUGACACCACCCAUCUAAGCCGAAUUCGAGCUCUCGAAAGCAUCGCCUCGGCAAUGGCGCAGCUAGAUAGCUUCUCAUUUCGUACCAGCGGCCGUGUUGUCUUUGACAAUCAUGGCAAUUCAUCUCAAGUCAAAUCUAUGCGACGGGUCGAUCAUAAGGCUACCCUUGAUCGAUGGUUCGUCCAUAAAGUUCCAGCCGAUGACCCUAUCUAUAUCAAAUUUGCGGCAUCUAGCGAUCCGAAAGAGUACUACAGCCUUAUGCUUGAUAUACAUCCUGAGCACAACAAACUUGAUAUUCAGAACUUCAUUGUUUCCGAAGACGGCGAGCUCCUAGGUGUCAUUGAUUGGGAUGGGGUCGCUGCUGUGCCCCGGACUCUUGGAAACGAAAGGUAUACUGGGUGGCCCACGCGCGACUGGGACCAAGCUAUGUACGACUACCAGGAGUCUAUGGAAGAUGGGGUGGAACCAGAAGUGAGAGAAGGAGGGUCUGAAGUCAACCUCUGUCGAAUGUCUCUCAUUGCCGAAAAUCUAGCCAUUGCGGUAGAUCAGCCUCGGUGCCGAAAUGGAAUUUUGCGCAAAUUGUUGCAGGAAAUAUGGAAUAUUACGGAACUGAGUGAGCAGCUGGAUCUUAUGGAACUCGCCGAAAUGUUCGCCGAGGGCAACGUUGACACCGAGGUGAUCGACUCGCUCCAAAGCGGCUUUAUCGCCCUUUUAGGGAAGAAGGGACUAUAG